AUGUGCCUGGAGACGGCGGCCAGGAGGAUCACGGAGCUGGUGGAGCUGUACUUCGAUCCAGCCAAGCCUGUGUGGGGCGGCUCCCGCCUGUACCCUGGCGCUGCGUCCUCGGAUGGCAGCGCGGAUCAGACCUUGCUGCAGUUCGCCACCGGGAGGAUCAGGGAGCAGCGGGAGGCCCAGGCGGAGCCCUCGUAUGACAAGGGCCCGCAGCGCACCGAGGGCGACGGCACCACCGACGGCGGCGGCAGGGAUCGGCAGAGGCGCCCGCCAUCGAAGGACGUGAAGGGAGGGGUGGCGCGGGGUCGGCUUGCCGCCUCGCGCAGUGCCAGGGAGCUGUUUCCGCUGCCGCGCUGGCGCCUGCCUGAGCUGCCUGUGGCCGACUCCGUUCGGAGCAGGGCCCGGCGGCGGCGUGAGAGGUUGGUGUUCAAGAUGGGUAACGAGGCGGUGGAUGCUCUGAACUGGCUAGCUGGCUGUCGGGGCGGACCGGCCUACUUCGACCCCGACCCGAUGCAGUUUGAAGUUUUGGAGCGGAUCUGCGAGUUAGCCUCGCGGCGGUACCCAGGUCCUGAUGCUCCCAGUGAACGCGCGGCCGUCCGCCGGCUGCUGCGCGGGCAUACACCGUACGAUGGGGCGGGAUGCCUCACCCGUGUCGCGCCUUUCAGAAAGGGCCUUGUUUCGUUACCCGAGACAGUGGAGGGCUGCCCGCCGUUUGAGGGCGCGGCCCCUCCAGAGGUCCAGAGAUUCCUGAAGGAGCAUCCCGAGCGCAUGCUGCGCGCUGACAGUCCCUCUUCUACCGUGGCACCUUACAUCGACCCCGCGCUGAAGCGUAGCGCGAAGACCUACAGGCAGUUCAUCAGCGACCUACUCGAGAUCGCCCUGCCGGAUGGCCUGGGCCCCUGGAGCGAGGAGGCGGAGCGGCUCCUCGUCAGCUACUCUCUGCAUGUGGGCCUGGCCGACGUGAAGGACUGCUUCCACAGGUUGCGACUUCCUGGGUGGCUCUCCGAGUACUUCUGCCUACCCCGGAUCAACGAGUGCCAGGCGAGUUCCCUCUGCCCGCAGCUGCGCGAGAGCCCCCUUUCUGACCGUGGCAGGCCCCCCGUCUUCGGCCCCAGCGUCCCCAAGGGCCACGUCUCGCACUGCGUGUGCGUCGACAACCUGGGGGUGGCCUCCAUCGACCAGCCCAUCGUCGUCACCGAUGCGAUCGCGCAGUUGGUUGCGGGCUUCGACCAGCGCGGCCUCCUCCUCCACGGCAGCUCCGUGGGCACCGAGGUGACCAGGGGUACGUUGAGCGUAUUCCACACGGUCUAUGCCUUCAUGCGGGAGUCAUACGCCGAGCUUAGCGUGCUGUGGCACGAGGCCCGCCAGGAGCUCGAGACGGUGAUUGCGGGCCGCGCGCAGGAGCGCGCCCGCUUUCGGGAGCCCGCGGCGGUCGAGACCGACGGCGCCGCCGGGGCCGCCCCUGCUGCCCGCCGCGGCGCGCGAGAGGCGGCGCUGGAGGCGGCGGGCUUCUGGCGCGACGCCGAUGGCGAGCGGCGGCUGGCCGAGGGCGCGAUCGACGACGACGGGCAGGCCGCUGCGUGGGAGGCGGACCCCUCCUUCCCGGAGGUGCCCGCCGCGGGCCCGGCGAGCAGCCGCCGGCGCACCGAGCAGGUGCAGCGCUGGCGAUUCGAGGAGGGCAUCCUUAUUAAGGAGACCCCGCCGCCUCCGCCUGGGACUCCAGCGCGGCGGCCGCGCCUGCGGGCGAGGGCCGCGUCGGCCGAGCCUGCCGCGCCGACCCCCCGACAGCUGGUGGCGCGAGAGUCGGGCAGCAGGACCCCCCAAGGGCCGCAGCUCCUGCCGAAACUCACCGCGGCCCGGCGGGCGCAGGACUGGAGGGCCAGGCUGAGCUUGGCCGAGCUGUCGUCAGCGCCCAAACUGCCCGGGCGCGAGCGCGACCUCCAAGCCCUCCCCCUGGACUGGUCGCACCCGAUCGUGGCCAGCAGCGUCGACGGCGGCAGCACCUCCGACGAUCAGCAGGUCGAGCCAGCCGGCGAGAGGCGCGAGGGGGGGCCGCUGAAAGAGGCAGCUCGGAGGCGGGCCUUGACCACGGCCCCAGGGAUGGGCGAGGCGAUGGCCGGCUACGUGAACCACAUGUCCUUCGAGGGCCCCGAGAACGCCAAGGGCUGUCAGGAGAGGGCAGGCCUCAUGCACAGGUUCGGGGAGUUCUCGAGGCAGGACAAAGCCAGGCCGUUGGCCCUCAGGUGCGGGCUCGCCUGGCGCAUGGGGGUGCAGAGUGUGCUGCCGAUGGCGGUGUUCCUGCUCGCGAUGGUCUCCGGCUACCUCUG